AUUCUCAACCCUCUCUCUCCCUCUACGAAGAAAUAUUUCUCUAUUUCUCUCUCUAGUUUGCCAGUAAUGGCAGUGUUUCAGUGGCAGCGUAAGAAAUAUGAGAGAGAGUUUUCAUUCGGAAAGUAAAGCUUUACACAACGAGGCUCAAAGAUAACACAGCCACCCCUCCUCCUUCUACCUCUGCAAAGAUCGCGUGUACUCUGCAAAUCUUUCUGUUUCUCACUCCCACUUUUCUUUCAUUUUUUUUCUGCAUAGAUAGAUAAAACACCCCGUUUCCAGUUGGAAAAAAACCCUGAACAGAUUACUUUCUCAGACCCCCCAUUAUAACUCUUCAUAAACUGACGACAACUAUUUAGCCCUUUCUGUAUAAAGGCUGAAAUCAGUAAGCAUAAAAGUCGGGAGACCACUAGGAAACAUUCAAAAAGAAAGAAACACAGGAUAUUCUGUUAAAAAACAUAAUCCCCCUGCAGAGGUUGAAAAUGGAGAGUGGUGGCGGUUCCAGAAUGAUAUCUUUUGGAGAAAACAGUAAUGGGAUGUUUCCAUCUAUGAUGAUGCCGCCAUUGACUUCUCACCCUUAUCCUCAUGCAGUCAGCAGCAAUACGCUGUUUCUUCCACUUCCUCUCCCCAGCAGCCGAGACCUAAAUCGGCAUAACGGCGGCGGUGGCUCUUCUAUGAUGAUUGAAGAAAAUUACAAUAGUACGAGCACUGGGUUUUAUCUUAUGGAGAGUAAUACCAACGACGACGGAGAAAGCUGCGUUGUCAAAGCAAAGAUCAUGGCUCAUCCUCAUUACCACCGUCUCUUGGCUGCCUAUGUUAACUGUCAGAAGAUAGGAGCACCACCGGAAGUAGUGGCAAAACUUGAGGAAGCAUGCGCGUCAGCUGCCGCAAUGGGUAGCCAAUCAAGUAGUGUGGGUGAAGAUCCGGCGCUUGACCAAUUUAUGGAGGCGUACUGUGAAAUGCUCACAAAAUACGAGCAAGAACUUUCUAAACCCUUCAAGGAAGCCAUGCUUUUCCUGUCAAGAAUUGAGUGCCAGUUCAAAGCGCUCUCUCUCUCCUCUGAUACUGUGGCCUAUGACGAAGCUGUUGAUAUAAAUGGAUCUUUUGGAGAAGAGAUUGAUGGGAAUAAUGGUGUCGUAAAUCCUCAAGCAGAAGAUAGGGAAUUGAAAGGUCAGUUGUUGCGCAAAUACAGUGGAUAUUUGGGUAGCCUAAAGCAGGAAUUUAUGAAGAAAACAAAGAAGGGAAAGCUACCGAAAGAAGCUAGGAAAAAACUAUUGGAUUGGUGGAGCAAUCAUUAUAAAUGGCCGUAUCCCUCGGAAUCCCAGAAACUGGAGCUUGCUGAAUCGACUGGUCUGGACCAGAGGCAAAUAAACAAUUGGUUCAUCAACCAGAGGAAACGUCACUGGAAACCUUCGGAAGAUAUGCAGUUUGUUGUGAUGGACGCCACACAUCCUCGCUAUUACAUGGACAACGCUUUUCCUAUGGACGAACGCUUCUCUGAGAAUUAUCAGUAGUAUGAUUUCAUCGGACUCAAACAAAUUAAUGUAUGUGUAACGUAGUAUUAUAGGUAGUUUGCAUUUGCAUGCACAACUGUAAGCAUGUGAAUGUCAUCUCGGGUGAUAAUAAUUUAACCUGGACAAGGAUCUCUGUCCCCUAAUUUGAAGUGUUUAAUUUUCUUUAUCUUA